AUGCGCGAUCGUGCGGGAAGCAACAACCGCACGCUGACAGGUCCCGUUGAAUUAUUGCCUUCUGUGCUCCUGUAUCCUCUUCUUGCGUUGACAGCCCCCAGCUCCUCGCUCCAGCAUGCUCUCCACGAAUGCCGAGGCCUUGUACCGCCUGGGGCUCGAUCGAAGACAGCCUCUGGAGCGGCCGGUGCUGCUGGCAAGGAAUCCCUUCCUGCAGAGGCAAACGCGGAGCUACCUGCAGCUACAGCUGCCCACGAUGAAGCAGAGCGCGGCUGUGCAAGACGCGCAGGAGGAGCAGCACCCUCAGUCGGCACAGUGGGCGCGUGGGUGGAGGAAGCAGCAGUAGUGGCAGCUGCACCAAAUGAACUGGUCUGCGAUCUCGGCGAAGUUCCAGGCAACUGCGAAGAGCCAGACGAUAGCCCGACAGGAUCUACGCCUGCUGCGGCUGGCGCGGUACUACCUGCAGCUACAGCUGCCCAUGAUGAAGCAGAGCGGGGCUGUGCAAGACGCGCAGGAGGAGCAGCACCCUCAGUCGGCACAGUGGGCGCGUGGGUGGAGGAAGCAGCAGUAGUGGCAGCUGCACCAAAUGAACUGGUCUGCGGUCUCGGCGAAGUUCCAGGCAACUGCGAAGAGCCAGACGAUAGCCCGACAGGAUCUACGCCUGCUGCAGCUGGCGCGGUGCUACCUGCAGCUACAGCUGCCCAUGAUGAAGUAGAGCGGGGCUGUGCAAGACGCGCAGGAGGAGCAGCACCCUCAGUCGGCACAGUGGGCGCGUGGGUGGAGGAAGCAGCAGUAGU